AUUGGCCUGCUUUGGGACCUGCUGAUGCUUUGGGCGUGCAGCGGCUCCUCAGGACAGACAGGAGGCUCUCUCUCACACUGUCGCCAGCCUCGGAGGAAGAGGAGGAGUUGCGGUCCUCUCGCUGGCUGGAGCCGGCCGAGGAAGAGCAGCCGCCAGUGGGGCCAGGAGUGGGAGACAUGGAUUCAGCUGAAAUGACAACAAAUCGAAGUGAACAAAAAUCAAGGAAAUUUUUAAAAAGCCUUAUACGGAGACAACCCCAGGAGCUCCUGUUGGUAAUUGGAACUGGCGUGAGCGCAGCGGUGGCACCCGGAAUUCCAGCCCUUUGCUCUUGGCGGAGCUGCAUUGAGGCCGUCAUUGAAGCAGCCGACCAGCUGGAAGUGUUGCAUCCAGGAGAUGUGGCUGAAUUCCAGAAAAAAGUGGUCAAGGAAAGAGAUUUGCUUGUGGUUGCUCAUGACCUCAUUCGAAAGAUGUCACCACGCACAGGAGAUGCCAAGCCUAACUUUUUCCAGGACUGCCUAAUGGAGGUCUUUGAUAAUUUGGAGCAACACAUUCAGAAUCCUGUUCUCCUGCAGGCAAUCCUCCGACUCAUGGAGAGGGGCACAAUGGUGCUCACCACCAACUAUGAUAACUUACUCGAAAUUUUUGGUCAGCAACAAAAUAAGCCCAUGGUAUCUCUUGACUUGAAAGAUAAGGACCAGGUUCUCCAGUGGGCAAAGGGACAUGUCCAAUAUGGAGUUCUUCACAUUCAUGGCUUGUAUACUGACCCCUGUGGAAUGGUGCUGGAUCCUUCGGGAUAUAGAGAUGUUACUCAAGAUGCCGAGGUGAUGGAGACUCUGCAAAACCUGUAUCGGACAAAAUCUUUCUUGUUUUUGGGCUGUGGGGAGACCUUGCGUGAUCAGAUAUUUCAAGCCCUCUUUCUAUAUACUGUCAAAAACAAAGUGGAUCUCGAACAUUACAUGUUGGUGCUCAAAGAAAACGAGGACAAUUUUUUUAAACUACAGGCAGACAUGCUUUUACACGGCAUAAAAGUCGUUUCUUAUGGGGAUUCCUUUGAAAGCUUCCCUGAGUAUGUUCAAGGUCUCACAACUCAGAUCUGCAAACAGAAGAGUCCAGAUACAGAUCGAGUGGACAGCACAACACCUUUGGGAGCAUCUUGUUCGGACUGUGCAAAGCGAAAGCUAGGAGAAAGUGGCAGUGACCAAAAUAAAAGAGCAAAGCAACUCAAUAAUGAUACUGCUGAAGAAUCUGGUCCUUGUGAAUAUGUGAGGAUAUGACUUCAAAACAACUAUAUGUUGCGAUUGUGCCAUCUAUUUAAAACAUGAAGAAUCAUGUGGAGGGUAGAGGAAGGCCCUAACUACUAAAGUUUAAGUAUGUGAUGAAGCGUCUAUCCUUGUGAAAAUGGGCUAACUAUGUGUAACACUCCUAUGUGGUCAGGAUAUGUUAACUGCAGAAGUGACUUUGAACCAAGGCUGGCUUGGUAUAACCUAGCUAUCUCAGGGAUAAAGUAUUGCAAGAGGUUUGGAAAUAUCAUUUUACUUUGAAUUUCCUUGACGCCUCAUCUUUCCACCUGGUGUCAGUUAGACAGAGGACUAUAUCUUCUUCUAACAGAACGGGUGUUUAAUAUCUUCCAUUAGAGUAACUGCAUGAGAAGAAUGGGAUGGAAUCCAAAGAUUUUCUUCCAAGGGCAAAAAAAAAAUUCGAGAACUGCUAAAGAAUUUACUUCAUAUGCUGCUAUAUGGAACUGAUUUGACAAUCUUCCUUCUUGUGAAUGCGUGAUGAAUUUUUUCAAAGAAUUUAACUGAUUUAUUGAUUAUUCUAAAGCCUUUGACUGUGUGGAUCAUAAUAAAUUGUGGCAAGUUCUUGGUGGUAUGGGCAUACCAAAUCACCUUAUGUCUCUCCUGAGGAACAGUAAGGACUUACUGAGCAACAGUAAGGACUGACCAUGGAACAACAGACUGGUUCAAGAUUGAGAAAGGCGUACGGCAAGGUUGUUACUCUCACCCAAUCUAUUGAACUUGUAUGCAGAACACACCAUGAGAUGUGUGGGGCUUGAGGAAUGCAAGGCUGGGGUGAAAAUUGCUGGAAGAAACAUUUACAACCUUAGAUAUGCAGAUGACACCACUUUGAUGGCCGAAAGCGAGGAGGAGCUGAGGAGCCUUCUAAUCAAGGUGAAAGAAGAAAGCCCAAAAGCUGGGUUGCAGUUAAACAUAAAAAAAACAA